AUGAAAGAAGAACAACAAGUUGUAAUUACUCAGGAUACCCAGGUGGCUAUCAAGAUCAUGGAGAACAGGGAGAACCUGGAAGAGAUCGAGGAGGAGUAUCUCAUCCUCCGGGACCUCAGCCUCCACCCUAACCUGCCAGCCUUCCACGGCAUAUUCUUCAAGAAGGGCGUCAAGCAAGGAGACCAGGCCUGGCUCGCCAUGGAGCUGUGUCCUCGAGGGUCGGUGACUGACCUGGUUCAAGCACUCAUCAGGCGGGGACAGAGGCUGACGGAGCAGCAGCUGGCGUACAUUCUGAAGGAGACUAUUGACGCGAUGGCUUACCUACACCAGAACAAGUGUAUGCACCGAGAUAUCAAGGGUCACAAUAUCCUUCUCACCCAACACGGUAACAUCAAGCUGGUCGAUUUCGGUGUCAGCUCUCACCUGGCCUCCACCUGGGGCCGCCGUAACACUUCCGUCGGUACUCCGUAUUGGAUGGCUCCUGAGGUGAUCGCGUGUGAACAACAGCUGGACUACAGUUAUGACGUGAGGUGUGAUGUGUGGUCUCUAGGUAUCACGGCCAUAGAGCUGGCUGACGGCGAGCCUCCCCUCUCAGAGAUACACCCGAUGAGAGCCUUGUUCCAGAUCCCCAGAAAUCCACCACCAACUUUGGAACGCCCGGUGGAGUGGUCAUUUGACUUCAAUGACUUCAUUUCCGAGUGUUUGGUCAAGGACUUCGAGCAACGAGCCGGGGCCAAGGAACUACUCCAGCACCCAUUCAUCAAGGCCGUACCCAAUAACCCCGAGGAGAUGCGCCUCGCCCUCACGCUGCUACAGGACGAUCUGAGGAAGAAGAACCAGCUCAUACAGAAGGAGCCCGAGACCACCAUCAAGGGCGGGGCACUGAAGGCUGACAGGAAGACCAAGAGAGUCCCGUUGUGGAUGGAUGACUUGGCCUGUCUAGAGAAGCUGUCUGAGGAAGUUAUCGUAGACCACCUCGGCCGACGCUACGAGACUGACCAGAUCUACACAUACAUGGGCGACAUCCUCAUAGCAAUCAAUCCCUUCAGGGAGAUCGGCGUGUAUGGUGAUAAGGAGUCUCGUUUACACCGGGGGAUGGUGAAGAGUGAGAACCCUCCCCACAUCUUCGCCAUGGCAGACAACGCCUACCACAACAUGUUACAUCAAAAACAACAACAGUGUAUCGUGAUAUCUGGCGAGUCUGGCGCUGGCAAGACGGAGAGUGCAAACUUUCUACUUAAGCAACUCGUCACCCUGGGCAAGGCACCUAACAGGAACCUAGAAGACAAGAUCCUGCAGGUAAAUCCCAUCAUGGAGUCCUUCGGUAAUGCUAAAACGGGGAUUAACGAUAACUCCUCCAGGUUUGGCAAAUAUCUGGAGCUAACGUACACUCGUCUGGGGAAGGUGACGGGCGCUAAGAUCUCUGUUUACCUCUUGGAACAGUCCCGCGUCGUCCAUCAGGCUGAAGGGGAGCAGAACUUCCACAUUUUCUAUUACCUGCACGAUGGCCUAGAGGCAGAGGACAAGUUGCUUCAGUACUGCCUCGACAAGAAUAAGAGGGACAAACACCACUACCUCUCAGGAGCCAACUGGAGCAAGAGCAAGAGUGAGGCCAACGUGGCACAGUUCAAGAAGGUGGUGGAAGGCUUCAAGUCCUUGGGUUUCCGUGAUGAUGAACUCGACUCAGUGUACAGGAUCCUGGCGUCGAUCAUCAACCUGGGAGACGUCGAUUUCUACCAGACCAUCGACAAGGAUAAUAUGGAGCAAGCGGCGGUGAAGAAUGUCGAGCAGAUUAAGAUAGUGUCGGAGCUGCUGGGAAUCGACCCUGCAGAUCUGACGGAGGCGCUGACGUCGAACAGUGUGGUGACGAAGGGGGAGAUCAUCACGAGGAACAACACGGUGGAGGAAGCCAUCUCCACUAGGGACGCCAUGGCUAAGGCUAUGUACGGGAGACUGUUCGACUGGAUCGUCAACAACAUCAAUCGACUCCUCUCCUUCUGCAGGAUUGUCUAUGGUGAGAGCAUAGCAGUGGGCCUCCUGGAUAUCUUCGGCUUUGAGAACUUCGAAAUGAACUCCUUCGAACAGCUGUGUAUCAACAUCGCCAACGAACAGAUCCAAUAUUUCUUCAACCAACACAUCUUUACCUGGGAGCAGCAAGAAUAUAUGUCCGAGGGUAUUGAGGUGAACAUCAUCGAGUUCUCAGACAACCGGCCCGUGUUGGACAUGUUUCUGGCCAAGCCGAUGGGUCUCUUGGCCCUGCUGGACGAGGAGAGUCGCUUCCCUAAGGCCACGGACCAGUCCUUAGUGGAGAAGUUCCACGACAACAUCAAGUCUCAGUACUACAUGAAGCCCAAGGCCCAGGGUUAUGACUUCACCAUCCGCCACUUCGCCGGGAGGGUCGCCUAUGACACUCACCGGUUCCUCGAGAAGAACAAGAACUUCCUCCCCACUGAGGUCAUCCAACUCCUGAGGCAGAGUUCCCACGAUAUUAUCAGGUACCUCUUCCAGUGUCCGCUGACUAAGACGGGCAACCUCUACUACGCCACCCCUAAGAACUCCCCCAGGGCCACCCUCACCAAGCAGAAACAGGCCAAGAGCACCUCUGGCAGUACCAGCACGCAGUACGACAGCCGCGGUUUGGCCUCGCAGACGAAGGCGCAGCAGACGGUGGCCACAUACUUCAGGUACUCUCUCAUGGAUCUCCUGCAGAAGAUGGUGAACGGGACGCCUCACUUCGUCAGGUGCAUCAAGCCCAACGACGAGAAGGCGCCCAACAGCUUCGACAAGAAGAAGGUACUACGGCAGCUCAAGUACGCUGGCGUCAUGGAAACAGUGAGGAUAAGGCAACACGGCUUCCCACAUCGUAUCCCCUUCGCUGAGUUCCUACGCAGGUAUUGCUUCCUGGCCUUCAACUUCGACGAGAGAGUCACAGCCUCCAAGGAGAACUGUCGCCUCCUUCUGCUGCGACUCAAGAUGGACGGCUGGGCGCUGGGCAAGACUAAGGUGUUCCUCAAGUACUACCAUGUUGAGUACCUCACCAAGAUCUACGAGAAGCAGAUACGACGCAUCAUACAGGUUCAGGCGUGCGUCAGGAUGUGGCUGGCCAGAAUUCGGUACCAGAAGCAGAAGUGGGCAAUAGCUCGCUCCGUCCUCACCCUGCAGAGGUUUACCCGAGGCUGGAUCAUCAGGAAGAAGUACCAGGAAGUGUGCUCCAAGAAGACUCCUGAGGAGGCCCGACACCCCCCUGCCAUGAAGGCUCCCUCCCCCCCUCCACCUGAUAAGAGGAAACUCAUCCACAAGGACUCAGGUCAGUGGGGGAAGGCCAAGAUGAUAGGGGCCCUCGGAGCACAGUCCUCCAUUGAUCAAGUGGCCUCCCAGGACCACACCGACGACCACAAGGUUAAAAAUGCCUCGGAACUGACGAAGGAGGAAGCCGCCCUGAUCAUCCAAGCCUACUACCGCGGACACAUGGUGAGGCAGGAAUGGGGACCAGUGUUGGAGGAGAGACUCAAGAAAUUGGUGGAGAAACAUAUCGACAACCCCGAAGAAGCGUCAAAAGCCUUGGAGGCAGAGGGACUAUCACCAGAUGAAGCAGCGCUGGUGAUUCAGAAGUUCUGGGGUAGACAUAAGAAGAAGAAGCGGACUGAAGCAGCCACCAACGAAGAGCUCGGACGAUACACGAACAGCAAGAGAAUGACCAGUCUCAUCAUGUUUUCCCAGAAUGUACACAUGUCGAACCAAGAGACACACAAGUUCCUGAGGCGUCACAAGGCUGGGGUGCGUCUGGAGGAGGUCACGACCCCUGACAAAGACUACAUACGUCCUAGAGGCUUCGAUCAUAUUCCUCAAGUGAUAAAUGAGCAGAGGAAGAGAGCAGCGCCCCAGCCGCCUGGCAGCGGCAACACUCGGCCGCUUAUCAAGAUCACCUCUACUGACGAUAGUGUGUCCAACUACUAUGACUUCCUGCAGGAGGAGAUGCGCAGUCCUACACCGGAAUACAACCCUGAAACGCCGUGGGAUGCUCCCUUGGCCUCGAAAAUCCACCGUCAGAGCGGGCGGCAGAGAGCGGCAGAGAACGCGGGCGUUAAGGUCGACCUCAGGAAGGAGAAGGUGAAGAAGGUGAAGGAAGGACUCAAGACCCAGAAUAUGGUCAACGAAGAGACCGAAGAGAUGAAGCUGCGGCAGUGGAAAGGUGCGGUGGCUGUCGGUGCGGGAGUAUCGCCCCCGGAGUGGAAGGGAAGACCCGCCACAUCCACCACCAACAUGCAGGCGGCCUCAGAGCUCAGACAGAUGUUACGCUCCAAUGGCGCCGUGCCCCCGAAAAGACAAGCUCCUCGAACACCAGCGCCAACGCCCCCCAAACAAGAUCAACCUAGAACGUCAAACGACGCCGCCUCCCAAGGUUCUCAAGGAGGUGCUGAAGUUGAGGUAGAAGAUACCGGACCUUACAACUUCAGACAGUUCCUCAGGAAGACAAACUACGCCCCGACGGACACCAUCAGGAAGAGGCAGCUGAAGAGAGAUGGUCUGAACGGAUACGGCGCAGAGUACCAGAUGUAAACAAGAAGAGAUCAGAUUCUCUUCCUCAGUGACUAGAAGGACUUGAUCGCUUCUCGGGUUUUUUCUCUCUAUCCUUAAGACUAACGCAGAGAACCGAAGGAAAAUAAUAGUUCUAGAUCCGUGCUGGGAAGUUUAGGGAACUACCGACGAGGAGAGCCUCUUGGUAUAGUAAGGAGUUGGCUUAAGCAUCUCCCAGGUUGUAAUGUAACCACGUGACUGAUACCCUCCACUACUACCCGCUGGAGGAGACUGACGACCCACAUCCACGGAGACAACUUAUAAGAACCAUUAGCCUUGGAAUGAGGACAAGUUGUAAAAGUUUUGGUCUCAGGCAAGAACUCCUAAGACGGUCAUCCUCGGUGCUGUUGUUAUGUAAGAUGCAGAAGCUUUAGAGACCUCAGACAGGAGGAGUGAUGGAUGGCCUCUGUGCUCCUUCAGAGGUCAACACGUAGACCGCCGCCUCUCUCCAGUAGAAGACAUGGUUAUUGCUUCCUUAGAGCCCGAGUCUCCCUCAUGGCCAGAAUGUGUUAGCUUAGCGCAGUAAUGUAGAGUCACUGAAACACAAAUGUUGCUUGGAGGUCUGUAGUUCAACACAGCUGUGCAGUAGACAUUGAAAUAGACUUAAAUGUUUAUCAACAGAAUUUUAGGCAAAGUAUAUACCAAGAUUGAUACAUGCAAAUGUUUUUAUUUAUUUAUAUUAAUAUUAAGAUUAUUAUAAUUUCCAUUAUUAUU